UCACACGCACAUAGACAGACCGACUUAGCAGACAGAAAGUGAUGUUUUCAUGUUGACUUGAAUUCGAUACGAAAGGUGGAUGUUUUGAGAUGUUUCAUUGAAUUUUCGAUUUUUCUGGACAUGCAAAUGAACUAAUACUGCAAGUAUAACAAAGUAUUGAAUUGAAAAAUAAAUUUAAAACGAUGGAAACAAUAUUGGAGCAACAGCGAAGAUACCACGAGGAACGUGAACGUCUUGUCAAAUUGAUGGUCGAUGAAUAUGCCACGAAAAAAGCAUCGGAACGUGAGCGAAUAUUGUCGGAGCAUCGAUUGAAAUCGUUGCUGGAAAUGUAUGUGAAUGCAACAACAUCGUUGCGUGAAUUGUACGAGGAUAAGGAGGGCGAACGAAAAACUGAAGUGGCCGCAUUAUCCGGACCUAAUGAAUUCAAUGAAUUCUAUUCGCGUUUAAAGCAAAUUAAAGAUUUUUACAAGAAGCAUCCAAACGAAGUGAGUGUACCGCUUCAGGUGGAAUUCGAUGAAUUGUCAAAAGUGUAUGCGGGCACAUCGGCCGACGUUGAAAGCGGUUCACUGUUGGUUGAGUUCAGCGAUGAAGAAGGCUUUGGACGUUAUCUUGAUCUACACGAAUGCUAUAAUUUAUUUUUAAAUUUGCGCAACGUUGAGAAAUCCGAUUACAUUACAUAUUUAAUGACAUUCGAUCAUGUAUUUGAUAUACCAAAAGAACGAAAAAACAUGGAAUACAAACGAUAUUUGGAGACAUUGAUCAAUUAUUUGCAUGGAUUUGUGAACAGAGUUCGGCCAUUGCUUGAUUUGGAUGCUGAAUUAGAUCAAGUACAAAAGAAUUUCGAGCAACAAUGGCAAACUGGCCAAUUUCCGGGUUGGCCAAAAGAGCAAGAGAGUGCAAUGACACAUUCGGGUGCACAUUUAGAUUUGUCCGCAUUUUCCAGUCCCGAAGAAUUGGCAUCGCUCGGUUUGGAUCGUUUGAAGUCAGCGCUGAUGGCACUCGGCAUUAAAUGUGGCGGUACAUUGGAAGAGCGUGCACAACGAUUGUUCUCAACGAAAGGCAAACGAAACAUUGAUUCAUCAUUGAUGGCAAAGAAAAAUGCCGGACGACAAAAUACUCGUGAUGCAGCACGAAAUUAUGAAAUUGCCAAUUUGGAGUCACAACUAUAUCGUUAUGCUGAUUUGGUAUCAGAACAACGUAGCGCGACCAAAGAGAAUGUUCAACGUAAACAGGCGCGUACCGAUGGCGAACGUGAGGACAGCGACGCAGAGGCCAGUGAAUCAGAUGCUGAGGAAGAUGAUGCCGAUGAUGUGCCGUACAAUCCGAAGAAUUUACCAUUGGGUUGGGAUGGCAAACCGAUUCCGUAUUGGUUGUACAAACUGCAUGGAUUGAAUAUAAGCUAUAAUUGCGAAAUUUGCGGAAAUUAUACAUACAAAGGACCGAAAGCGUUUCAACGGCAUUUUGCUGAGUGGCGACAUGCGCAUGGAAUGAGAUGUCUUGGCAUUCCAAAUACGGCACAUUUUGCCAAUGUGACACAAAUCGAAGAUGCAAUCACACUAUGGGAAAAAUUGAAGACACAAAAGCAAGGCGAACGAUGGAUACCGGAACAAGAAGAAGAAUUUGAAGAUUCACAGGGCAACGUAGUGAAUAAGAAGACAUUUGAAGAUCUUAAACGGCAAGGAUUACUUUAAAAUCCAUUUAACAUACAGAGACAUUCUUUCCGCAUGAACGUCGUCAUCGUCAAGGCUGAUUCGAAUUGUUUCCAACAGAAAAUUCUAAAUAAAUCGGAUUUUAAGAACAAACAUGA